GCCUGCACGCACACGCUCACCUGACACACUCUGAGCACUUAGACAGAUUUUCGCAGGAGCUCUCUCAUCUUCCGCUCUUUGUGGCUCGCCGUUCUCAUCUUAUUUUUUGUAGAUCGUGUUUGCGUUCCUGCGGCGCUGCAUUUCCUAGACCGUGGUUGUUCGUUCAAUCUCCUUUUUGUUGUUUUUCUAAGCCAUUUGAGUGGAGCUUUGCCGUUGAGUUUUGGCGGAGUUUUGGUGGAGUUUUGGUUGUCUGUGGACUCGUUGGAGGCGAUGGUGGAAAGGAAGGAAGAGGAGGAUGGAGAGGGAUGAAGGGAUGCGAUUGCGGUUGCUGUUGACAUUGUUGAUGAUGUUGCAGGCACAGCCGUGUCCUCCGAGGGUAGGCGUUGUUGUGAAGAGGGUUGAAGUUCAAGGAGGGUAGCGUUGUGUUUUUUUUUAGUGAAGUAAUGCUUUUUGGGAAAAGCUGCUGCUGCAGCAUUGAUGAGUCGUGUAUCGUGACAGAGCGACGGAGGAUUAGUGGCGAGAACGAGAGAGUGGCAGGAUUAGUGUAGGUGGGGGACACUAUGGCGGAUUCUUUGAACAGCAGCGUUUCGGAGGAUAACGACUCGUUGGAUGGAUAUUACGGGAAUGGCAGACAUGCACUAGACUAUGGCAAUGUUCCUCAAUUUGCUGGCCUGACGAGGUCGGAUUCCAACACCCGCCGCAAGAGUGUAGUGCGCGCUUGUCCUGAUACAGAGGAUCUUUUGAACCUGUUGCAUGGGUCUGAUCCAGUUAAGGUGGAGCUGAACCGCCUCGAGAACGAAGUCAGGGAUAAAGAUCGGAAAUUGGCAGAAGCUACUGCAGAAUGCAAAGUGCUUAAGCAGCGUGAGCGAUUACGCGAGAAAGCUGUCGAGGAGCUCGCGGAGGAACUUGACAAAGUUGAUGAAAAGCUCAAAGCCGCAGAAGAUCUUUUGGAGAGCAAGAACCUUGAAUUGAAGAAGCUCAAUGACGAGAAGAAAGCAGCUCUGGCCGCCCAGUUUGCAGCGGAGGCAACUCUGCGAAGGGUGCAUGCAGCUCAGAAAGAUGAGCAGUUACCGUCCAUUGAAGAAAUUUUAUCCCCUCUUGAGGCUGAGUUGAAAAUUGCGCGACAGGAAAUUGCCAAACUUCAAGAUACCAACAGGGCCCUUGAUCGUUUAACUAAGUCCAAAGAGGCUGCCCUUCUGGAAAUAGAGAGAGCUAUAGAUGCUGCCGAAGCUAAGGCAUCUCAGGUGGAUGAUCUUCUUAAUCGGAAUCAGGAAUUGAUGAAACAAAUCGAAAUCUGCCAGGAAGAGAACAAAAUAAUGGAUAAGAUGCAUCGUCAGAAGACAGCUGAAAUAGAGAAGCUGAGUUCCACCGUAGCCGAGUUGGAAGAAGCAGUGCUUGCUGGUGGAGCUGCUGUUAAUGCAGCUCGGGACUACCAACGACAGGCACAUGAGUUACUGGAAGGGAAGAAGACGUUGGAGAGAGAGCUUGCACGAGCGAAAAUCACAGCUAACAGGGUUGCAGUUGUGGUUGCUAACGAGUGGAAGGAUGCAAAUGACAAGGUUAUGCCAGUCAAGCAGUGGCUCGAUGAAAGGCGGUUUAUGCAGGGUGAAAUGCAGCAGCUGCGAGACAAACUAGCGUCAGCCGAGAGGACUGCAAAGAACGAAUCGCAAUUGAAGGAUAAAUUUCAAAUGCGGUUGAAGGUUCUCGAGGAGAGCUUGAAGCCAGUUACAAAUGGUGCUCCACGUCGGACGGAGGAAGUGAGAAGUUCAAGCACUACCAGACGUUCUACCUCUGGAUCAGAGGAGGCAUCUAAACUUCUCGCAAAUGGCUCCAGACGUCAACGCUCUGCCGUCACCCAAGUACGAGCUUCGAUGGCUAGCCAAACACUUAUGAGAGCCACCAACGGUAGAAUGACGUCCAAGUCUUUUGAUGGAGGUAGAUCGCUUGAUGCGGGCACAACCCGACUGAGGGCAUUUUCAAAUGGAUUUGAGGAGGUUCGUACUGGUAGGAGAAUACCUGUUGCCGCGGAACCCGAGCCGGUUUCUACUACACAGAAGGCCGAGACAGGAGCAGUAAAGCCUGAUUCUGUUGAAGCCAAGUCCGAGGUAGAAGCUGUCAAGUCCGAGAAUGGAACAACAAACCAAGUGUCUGGAUCAUCCUCUUCGGUGGAGGAUCCAGUAUCAGGUGUGUUGUAUGACCUUCUACAGAAAGAAGUUGUCAACCUGAGGAAGGCAAGCUAUGAAAAAGAUCAAAGUCUCAAGGAUAAGGAUGAUGCUAUUGAGAUGCUCUCAAAGAAAGUCGACACUUUAUCUAAGGCUUUGGAAGUUGAGGGAAAGAAGAUGAGAAGAGAAGUCCAAGCAAUGGAGAAGGAAGUUGCCACCCUGCGAGCUGAAAAGGAUCAAACACGGAAUCCAAGGAGGCUUAGCUCAGGGACGGGAACUGUAAAUAGUUCCUCUAAGUUGCUGUCGGGGAGGAAUGGGGAGAGGCCCAUGGUCAGGAGUUGAUGCCUGCAAUUUGUGACCUUGUGCUCCUGAUGGAGCGUAGUUCGCUGGAAAAAAAAUCUCUGCACUCGGCAUAGAUAGUGAGAUGGGGUCUCUUGCAUGUGUAGCAUUAAUGUAUCCUGAUUUUACGAGAUUGUAUCUCUGUUCUGUGAACAAAUUAGAGUGUGCCGUGCGUCAUAGGAGAUGAUAUUCUUGAGCAAGAUACCCCAGAUUAUGUUUCAACAUAAAUUAGGCAUUUUAGUAGUCUUCAUGCAUCUUCAUUUCUGUCAUUACAUUUGCGUAAGACAUUGUAUGUUUAUGGGUCCUUAUGGAUGACAUGUUGACACAAGAAUGUUAUGUGUCCUUGGUAAUCUAAGAUGUGUGUUAUCAA